AUGUAUGGGGAAGGGAGCAUGCAUACAACCGAUCUUGACACUAUAGAGGAUGAAGAGAAGGAGACACAAGAAAGAGGUAAGAACCCUGACAAUGAAAACAACUUGACCAUCCGACAGUUGAGGGAGCGCCUCGCACAAGAUAGGCGAAUCGAAAGAGAGCUGAGGCAAGGAUUAGAACGGAGCAGAGCAAGAGAUACGGAGUUAGCAGAAGAACGUGCGAACUUGGCAAGACAAAAUGCCCUUUUAAUGGAAGAAAACCACCGACUCAAUGAGAAUGUACAGACGCGAACUCAUACUGGAGAAACUGAAACCCAAACAAGUAGAAGUUCGUCAAGGAGAAGGAGAAGACGUCAUAGUGAGGAAAUAGAAAUACAAAACAAUCAUGAUGAGUACGAGCGCGAGGUACGUGAACGAGAACGCGAAAGAGAAGACGCACGCGGCCUAGAAAGAAGGAUAUUGGAACGAAGAGAAAGGAGAAGGGAUCGGGGAAGAAGAGAAAUCCAGGAACGAGAAAGAUAUGAUGGGAGAAGAGGAAGUAGUUCAGAGCGCGAGACCCAAAGAUGCAGGAGAGAGACCAGUUUGGAAUGGGAAACUAUAAUGGCUAUAGAAAGAAGUAUAAUUGAACAAAGAGCACGAGAAGCCGUUGCACAAAGAGAAAGAGAACAAGCUAAUGCAAAUCAAACCAUAUUGCAAUAG